AUGAGUUUCAAGUACUUCACAGAUGAUAUAAUAGAGCAAUUUACCGGAACGGGUAGUAUAGAAAUUUUCGAGGCUUUGGAUUCCUACGAAACUUCUAGUCCCGAAGCCGAGGAAGAAGUUGUCUUACUUUUCACUGAAAUGAUUCAAUCUUUUGAGGAAGGAACUUUGAAGAUGGAACAUAUUGUUGAUUUCCUUAGCCAAUCGAUCAAGAAUGAUGACGUGGCAAGAUUAUUUUGCCAAGUGUUGAAUUCAUUUCCAGUUACAGAGAAUACACGAGCUUUGUUGUCAAAACUUAGCCAAAACGACAAUGUGAUAAAAUCGCACACCAUUUCAUUAUACAUCAAUUCAAACUUUAUAAAGGAGACUGAUAUCGUUCCUAGCAAGAUGUUGUCGAAAGCAUUAAAUACCAAGUUGAGAGACAAGUUGUAUACACAGAAGAAGUACAAUUUGUUGCAUGAGGAGAUUGAAGGGUAUUCGAAGUUUGUCGCGGAAUUGCAUAUUAUAUUCUCAUCAGACGAUACUGACUCGCAAAUUGAUUAUGCUUUGCAAGUGGUUGAAAAAUUAAUUGGUCACUACAGUCUUGAUCCGAAUAGGUGUUUGGAUAUUUUAUUCGGAAUACUUUCAGAGGUUAUCGUGGGCAAGGUUGAUUCAAUCUUAGAAUUUUUCAAGAAAAGUCGAUGGUGGCCAGCAUUGGAAAGUGACAAUUCUUCGAUCAGAUCGUUGUCAACUGGAGGUAGUGACAUUGCGGCAAAAAUACUAGGAUUGAAGAUUUUAAACUAUCCAAAGAUCAAGGACUUGCCAGAACUGUUUAAAGUCUUGGUAACCAUUUUAAUCAAAGAAGGGUUUGUAAGUUUUGGGUCUGUUUACAAGUAUAUGCGCCCUAGCGAAGCAGAAAUGAAGGACCUUGAAAACAAGUACAAUCUGAAGCUAGAAGAAGAGGUGUUGAAAGCUGGGGCGAAUGCGUUGGCAUUGGCCGCGCCUCUUGCAGAUGACGAAGAUGUGGACGGGAAAGACAAAAAAGGAGCAAGCACCCCUGUUGGGAAUGCGUCCAAUUUCAAAUUGGAAGUCAACUACAAGUUUCAGUUUUUGAAAAUUUUCUUAGCCAACGGACUUUAUUGGCCGGCGAUAUACAUCUUGACAGAAUAUCCGUUCUUGGCGGACAUAGAUGAAGAGAUACCAAAGCUCUUGCUUCGACUUUUUGGGGCAAUGAUCGACCCGUUAUAUGGGCAAAUUUUUCCAUUCGAUAUGGAGGAGCUUGUUCAAUUGCAGGCUACCAAGGGCAUCUACUUCACACGUCCUGGUAAUAACGUUAAUGUUGAACCUUUCAAACAAGUGGACUACUAUAGUUUCAAACCGAUUAGAAAACUACACGCGCGGAGAAAGUUUCAUUACUUUUACCGCAACUGGAAAGCUGGAUUGCCUAAAAUUGACGACUUUGCUUCCUUAUUUGAGGCAUCACAAGGGAUUUUGAAGUUUAUUGGAUCCAACUUGUCUAAAGAUGAUGAGGUUUUUAUCAAGUUGUGUGACAUUGUUCAUUCAUUUCAUUCGAAGGAGGAAUUGAAAGAGGACAUUUUCCACUACUUUAGAAAUUACAUAUUCCCGCUGAUGUCAUUAAUACAAGAGAACUCGAUUGCAAUAGACAGUGCCUAUGCUAUUUUAGCAGCUUAUCCUGUCGAAGAUCGUUUUAGCGUUUAUGGAGAAUUGUACAACAAUUUAAGAAAAAACAAUAUGCGAAUCAAGAUUGCAUAUAGUAGUGCUGAAAAAGCGACGAAGGAUGUUUUGAAAAGGCUAUCAAAUGAAAACGUUCGCCCCAUGAUGAGACGGUUAGCAAAAAUCAGCUUUUCCAAUCCACUACCAUGUUUGUUGACAAUAUUACAACAGAUUGAAAGUUAUGACAAUUUGAAUACCUUAGUUGUUGAAACGGCAAGGUAUUUCAACAGUUAUGGAUGGGAAAAUUUGACAAUUGCUAUUUUGAUUAGACUCAGCUCAGAUCGAAGGUCAAUCCACGAUAAUGGUAUGGGGGAACGUCAGUGGCUCCAAUCUCUCGCAUCAUUUGUUGGUAAAAUUUGUCAAAAAUACCAAAAAGCAAUCGACACUAAAAUGAUAUUGCUCUAUUUGAUCAAGACGUUCUACACUGGCGAUAGAACGGGGUUGUUGGUUUUGAAGGAAAUGCUCAUUUCAAUGGGUGGCAUUCAAACCACUUCAGAUUUGACGCUUCGUCAAAUAGACAUGAUCAAUUGUGGAUCCUCAUUACAGAAAGUCGUUUACCGGACUAUUGACGAUAUGAGAUACGAUAGAUUUGAUUCAGGGACUCACUUAUUGAAAUGUCUUCUCGACUUGGAUGCGGUCAGUGAACUUAUCAUUCUACUCUGUUCAAUGUACCAUGAUUUAGUACAUGAUGCCGGUGAGAAUCAAUUAAAAGUGUUGGCCAACAGGGUUGAUGAGUUGGUAUCAGUGAUGAAGCUUUUCAUCACAUUGGUGUGCUUUUUUGGUGAUGGAAAUAUCGAGGUGAUGCCCGUUACUGAGUUACGUGAACAGUACAAUGUACCAAUUGAGUGGGGAUUUGACUUGUGGAGAUUGAAGAAGGACGCAUUUGCCACUUUGCAGAGCCAAGGUGUGGAGUUGUGCCCACCAGACUUUUCCCCAAGUUUGUUUACCUUAUUUUGGUGUUUGAGUUUGAAAGAUGUAAAUUUUUCCGAUCUGUUGUACACCGAAGAAUUGGAAAAGCUUGAGUCAGGUAUCAGAGGUUUGAAAGACGCGGUUAGUAUUAAUUCUAGGGACAAAGAUUUUCCAAGGUCCGCAAUCGAAAAGUACAAGAAGAAUAUUGAAGAUAACGAAGCUUUCAUUGAAAAAAUACCAUCAGAUAAACAGAGUCACAAAGAAUUGAAUGAAGCCACCGACAAGAAGAUUCAGGAGUUGUCAUCCGAUUGGUUUUCCUCAGAAACUUCCGAAAAAGUGGAAAUUUUCAUUAAGACGUGCAUAAUACCUAGAGCAAUACACUCGUCUUUUGAUGCUGUAUUUUGUGCAAGAUUUAUUUUCAAAUUGCAUGAGCUCGGAGUAGAAAAUUAUUCAUUAUUCAAUGUUUUGAAUAAAGCAACUCAAGAUGGACUACUAUCAUCCAAUCUAUUUUCGUCAACUCCCACUGAAGCUGAAAACCUUGGAUUUUUUUACGCCUAUGUGUUAAAACGAUUACACGAGUUUACAGAUGAAGAGAAGAUCAAAGAAUUGAAUGUGGACGAUUUUGAAAAGUACAGAAGCUGGGUUUACGAUUACCACGGCGUCAUAUUGUCUGAAGUGGAGACCGCAUUGGAUACCAAUGAGUAUAUGUCACGAAGUAACACCAUCACAUUUUUGAAAAACUUACUCGGAGUAUACCCGGUCGUUGAGGAUCAUUGUGAAAAGAUGUUGGGUUUGAUUGAAAAAGUUUAUACUGGUGAGGAUAAAGAGGACAUCAAAUUGUCUUCUGGAGCUUUGCUCAACCAUCUCAAAUCUAGAGCUAAACAAUGGGUACCUAUAUGGGACUUCAAAUCUAUUAGUGAGGAGGAGAGGCAAGCAAUACUUGACAAGAAAGUGAAGCUUGAAAAAGCGAAAGAGGAAGCUGAGAAACUAGCCAAAGAAGAGGCCGAACGAGAUGAAAGAGAGAAGCGAGAAGCCCGAUUGAACGAGGAGAAAAGGGCGAAGGAAGAUGAGCUUAAAAAGAAGCUCGGUGCUAUCAACUAUGGGUCCCAGCUGAGACCUGGUAGCCGAUUAUCUGGUCGAAUCGUUGAAGUCAAAUCCAAUGGCAAAUAUGACGAUUAUCAAGCAAGACACGAAGAUCAGAUGGAGAUUGAUUCCCAAGAGGAUAAUGUUGUCGCUACAGCUGAAGACUCCGAAAAGAAGAUUGAGCAUAUGGAGCAUGUGGAGCAUGAAGAUGCUGCUGAAAAGAACGAUGGUCGUCCUAGUCAAACUGAAGGGACUGAAGAAGUCGCAAUGAAUGCAUCAGAACAAACUGUCGAUGUUCAACGAGAUGACACAGUCAAACUGGAAGAUGCAACGGUAAAUAAAGUAAAUGAAGAUACGAGUGCUGCUCAGAGUCAAGGUUCCAGAGAAGAUGAUAGAGCGAAACAAGACAACAACAACGAUGCCACUCAGGACAACGCACCAGAGCACGGUACCAAGCUUAAGGAAAUGACAAAGAGACUGCCUCUUCCUCCUCAAAGUGAACUUUCCAAAGGUUCUGAAAUUAGAGAUAAUUCCAUAAACAGGAGAGCUCCCCUACCACCCCAAGAAAGGCUUUUACCAAGUGGAGAUCGAUCGCCAAGAUUUAGUCCUCGUGGACCUGGACUGGGACAGGCACAGGGGUCACGUAGGUUUGGAGAAACUUCCAAUCUAUCAGUUCCACCCCCACCUCCUCCACCCCCACCUCCAUCUCAAUCACGUUCAAACUUCGGCCCCACGCGUGCUUCUUCAUCUUUUGGUCAACGGGACCAAUAUAGUUCGUCGUCCACAAGAGGCCCCACUUUUGACAACAGACGUGGUCGAGGAUUUGAUAAUCGACCAUCAAACACUCAACGUGGUGGUGGACCAAACAAUAACUUUGGUUCUGGUCGAUACGAGGGGAGACUGGCUAGGAAUGAUAAAAGUGGACCAGAAGUUGGCCCACAGUAUGAAAGUGGUAACAAAAGAAGAUCAGAUGGACAAAGUGGUAGAGGAUAUGACAAAAGACACAAAUACUAG